UGUGUGUGAGAGUGUGUGUGUGUGUGUGUGUGAGAGAGAGAGAGAGAGAGAGCAGCACUGGUUGGUGAGAUCGCUUUAAUAGAGUAGUGAAUUUUUCUCCUCCCCCUUUCUCUUUCUCUCUCUCCCUCCUCAGUGGCUUCUCAGCCACCUGCACUCGUCCUCUCUCUUCUCUCCCUUUCUUUCUCCCUCUCUCUCUCUCUUCCUCCUUUUCUCUCCCUCCACCACUUACCCUCUACCUCCCUCUCUUCCUCUCUCUCUCUUUCUCUCUCUCUCUCUCUCUCUCUCUCUCUCUCUCUAUCUCUCUCUUUCUGUGGACGGGACAUCGUCUUUCCCCCUCGUUUUCUUCUCUUCUUCUUCUCUGGUGGUUUGGGAAUAUCUCUGGCAGCCAGUUCAUCCACGAGGCUCAUUCUCUUCCAGAACGGACUCUCAUCCCUCCGUUUCUCCGUUUUCCCAUCCCUCAAUCCUUCAAUCCCUCGUUCCCUCCCUCUUCUCGGGCACACAGCGGAUUUGUGUGGAUUUUACAGUGAAGCUUCAUGGGAAAACGACUGGAACAGCAGCAGUCAAUGUACCAGUACACCUACUACUACCCUCACUACCUCCAGACCAAGCACUCAUAUGCUCCGCCCCCACAUCCGAUGGCCCCGCCCAGUCCAGGCAGCACUAGCUGCAGCCAGAAUGGAGCAGAGCAGCUCAGUAAAACCAACCUCUACAUCCGGGGCCUUUCACCAGCCACCACUGACCAGGACCUCAUCAAACUAUGCCAACCGUUUGGGAAGAUUGUAUCGACGAAGGCCAUCCUGGACAAGAACACCAACCAGUGUAAAGGUUAUGGGUUUGUAGAUUUCGACAGUCCUGCUGCUGCUCAGAAAGCCGUAUCAUCCCUCAAAGCAACUGGAGUUCAGGCACAGAUGGCCAAGCAGCAGGAGCAGGACCCCACUAAUCUGUAUAUCUCUAAUCUGCCGGUGGGGAUGGAUGAGCAGGAUCUGGAGGGGAUGCUGAAGCCGUUUGGUCAUGUGAUCUCCACACGGAUCCUGCGGGACGCUAACGGGGUCAGUCGGGGAGUCGGAUUCGCCAGGAUGGAGUCUACGGAAAAGUGUGAAGUAGUUAUUCAGCAUUUUAAUGGCAAAUAUCUGAAAACACCACCAGCAAUUCCAGCCCCUCCAGAGCCGUUGUUGUGUAAGUUUGCUGAUGGAGGACAAAAGAAGAAACAGACUCAGACCAAAUACUCACACAGCAGAGCGUGGAGCAGAGAUGGAGAGACCGGAGUGACAUUAACAUACGAUCCUGCAACUAUGCAGAAUGGGUUUUAUUCUUCUCCAUACAGUUUUUCUUCUAACAGAAUGAUCGCCCAAACCUCCAUCACGCCUUUCAUCACUGCCUCACCCGUCUCCACAUAUCAGGUCCAGAGCACAUCAUGGAUGCCCCAUCAGCAGUACGUUAUGCAACCGACUGGAACAGUGAUCACUCCAUCAUUGGAGCACAGCACUGUCUCCAUGCAGCCUGCACACUUGAUAUCUCCUCUAACACAGCAGAUGAACCACUUAACACUGGGCUCUACCGCUAGUUAUAUGACGACUGCAGCCACUGUGGCUCCUAUGCAAGGAACAUACAUUCCACAAUACACUCCAGUGCCUCCAUCUGCUGUAUCUGUACAGGGCGUGGUGACAGACACAUCAUCACAGACAUCACAGGAUAUCAACACACCACAGCAACAGAUCACCGUGGAGACCAGUGACCACCUCCCACCAUACUCCUACCAGUCUAAAUAGCGUGUGGAGCAGGGGAAUGUACCGGCCACAGAGUUGCCUUUCCUGGGCGUCAGAGCCGAGACCAACUGGACUGGUUUCCAGUUCAUGAACUCAGACAAAACAGGACUACGGAGGAAAUGGGGGCGGAGUCUGUGUUUCAUCAUGUGACCAUAUCGUCGGAUUGAGCUGGAGUUUUUAUAAAAACUAAAAUAAAAAUAAUAUUGCAAAAAAUGAUAAAAAUGUUGUACACAGUAGAUGAAGCUUAUUUUUUAAACUUAGUAGAAAAAGUUAAACGUUAAAACAGAUUAAACGUCUUCCUCAGAAAUGAAGCUACACUCACUUUUAACUCGUCUUACCUUACUUACAGUUCUGGUUUUAUAGAGAUUUACGAUUAAAAAAACUGUUUUCUCGUCUUUGUUGCCUUAAUUUUGAAGGUUACAGCUGUUUUUAGUUCGGCCUGGUUGUGUCGUGUUCUAUUGUUCUUCACUAAAAGAGAGAUUAAAACAGAUCCGAGAGAAAUUACAUCUUAAAAACGCUGUACAGAUUUAUCAGAGGAUUUCUCCUCUUUAUCUGAAGAAAACGUUGGACGCUGUGAUGUGAUGAUGAUGUUGUGAUUGAAUGUUAAGGAGGAAGAAGACUCUCAUUCGGGACUGCAGUAUGUCUGUGCUUCAAUGAGAUUUUAAAAAUGAUUUUAAGUGGUUUCUUUUUACUUUUACGGGAAAAAUGCUGCAAUAUAUUUUUUUUUUAUUUCGUUGUCUUUACAAUGAUAUUUUUGUUGUUUCACUGUAUGAAAUUGUCUUUUAUUUUUUAGCUUGCUUAGCUUAAAAUACUCCAUAACAAAAGAGAAGGUAGGAAAUAUCCAGUAUGUAUUAAAAACUUGACCAAAAUCAGUAGUACAUGUACAAAAGUGGAGAGUGGAGCACAAACUAACUCUAACCAGGAUAAAGUACAGCUUCUAAACAUGGUGGAGGUAGUUACAUUAUCUAUAACUCACAGUGAGAGAUAACCAGGUUAAAGUACAGUUUCUAAACAUGUUCUGAUUCCUCCCCAAGACUACGGUUGGUCUUAAUUGCAACUUUAAUUGUUUGAUUGGUUCUAAUGUCCAUCUCUUUAGUUCUAAAACCUAACCCAUUACUUCGAUUGGUUUUAGUCUUCAUCAUAUCUGUUCUGAGACCUCCCCAACACUGCGAUUGGUUCAAACUGUUACCAUGUUUGUCAUGAUUGAUUUUCUCCUUGAUUUUAAUUGGUCCUAUUGAUCAUUUAGUUGUUUUUUAAGUCAUUUUCUUUACCAUAAUUGGUCCUAAUCUCGACCAUGUUUCUUGUAAGAGCUCCUCAUGGCAGUAAUUGGUCUAAAUAGUACAACUGGUUAAUUUUUAGAGGCUUUCCAGGACAGCAACUGGUCUAAAUUUCCACCAUGUUUCUACUUAUGUUUUGCUUUUAUUGAGACAUGUUUAUUUUCAACUGCUGCAUUUGUAAAAAAGAAUUUUAUUUCUAAUUUUCUCCCGUUUUAUCUGGCCAAAUGUUCCACCCAUUCAGCUCGCUGCACUCGGUUCUGAUACAUCAGCUCACAGACGCAGCCUUGUGCUGAUCCACAUCACCCUUGGAGUGAUGAGGGGAAAGAGAGAGCGCCAUCUACUGUACCCAUCCAGAGAAAGAGCAAGACCAACUGUGCUCUCUCAGGGCUCCAGCAGCUGAUGGCAAGCUGCAAAUAGCUAUUUUAUUAAACGCGAGGAGAUGAAACUCAGAGAUGUGCAUCCGGGCGGGACUAAAAUUACUAGAGGACCACGAUUACAGGAGUUCAGCGAAAAACAGUAGAUAAUUCAGCCUGUAAUUUUUAGUUUUUUAUCUCAGAGGACGUCUAAGAAAAACACAUACAUGGAAAUAAAAUCAGUGAGAUUAUUAAAGAGAAAAUUACAGUAAACCUUGUAUUUAUAAUGCCUUAUGAAUGCAUUCAUAGUGCAUUAUAUGACAUGCAUAAUACUUUAUAAUGACUGUAAUAAGCCUGUAUAAUAACUUAUAAGUACUUACAGUGACAUUCAUAACACAUUAUAAACCACAGGUGUAAGGGUUUAUAAAGAAAGGGCAUUACAACACUACAUUGUACAAUGAUCUUAUGAACAGAUAUUACAAGGCAUUAUAAGCCCUUUCUUUAUACACCUUUAUACUAUACAGGCUUAUAACAGUCAUUAUAAGCUAUUACGCCUGUCAUAUAAUGCAUUAUACAUGCAUUUAUAAUGCAUUAUGAAUACAGGGUUCAUAUGAAGUGUUACCAAAAUUACUACUGAACCUCCUGAGAAACUAAUCCUGUCUUUAGCUCAUCUAAUAAAGUAUUUACCGAAUCCCGGUAGGUUUUGGUUGGUGCUCCACUCUCCACCACUGCAGGAGCUUCUGGUUCAAACCGAGCAGCAAAAGCAAUAGAAGAAAUUGUUGACAAUUUCUGUAGUUUUUUUCUGAAAUGCAGCUUAAAAACAGCCGUUUUAUACCAAAGAUGAAGAAACUCUUCUGUUUUUAUCCUGUUCAGAGUGUCGUCCUUCUCGCUGUUGUUCUUGUUCUUGAUGUUGUUGAUGAAGAUGAUGAUGAUUGUGUUGCUGCAGCUCUAAUCACUAAUGUUUCUCACUCUGACCUCACCGACCACAUCUCUAUUUCUAUUCUCUCAGUUCAUUACUAUCUCUCACCCCUUUAUUUCAGCAGGUCAUGAACUUUAGUAGAUGUACUGAAAUCAGAGGAACUGUGUCUCACCUGAUCUCUCAGGUGUUUCUCGCUGAUUCAUCUUCCAUCAAAUUAGUGAAAACCACGUGUGGAGUGUGCAUGUCACAUGACAAUAAAGAAUGAUCACAUGUCCCAAAAUCACAUGUUCUCAAAA